UUUUUUUUUUAAUAAUUCUAGGAGUAAAGCUAGAGCUGGUUAGGAGCUAUGUUGAAAACCCAACUAUGUUAGUCAAAGGGCCCAACCUCUUUGUCCGUAGCUCAAACGCCCAGCUUAUUUGGGUAUCUCCAAACCCUAAUCCACAAAUCCCAACGCAAGUCAAUUGCUGUGGCUCUUGCGUCCCUAAAUCUCCAAAUAUUUCUUGUUCCCUGCACUCCGUCAAAUCCAUGUCGUGGCGACGAGUUUGCCCAACUUCAGAAGCUCACGAUCGACGAGGAAGUCGCGUGAUGAGAAAGGAAGAAUAUCUACCGGAAAGAAGAAAGCGAAUGAUUAAGAUUCGAAGAGGGGCUCAGUCGCAAUCCAGGCUUAGGAAGGCACAUGUGAGAUUCAAAUCUUCGCGCUAGAAGGUUUGUCAACUAUCUUGAGAAGAAAAGGAAUGAUUAAAAUCUUCGAUGUCCGACCCUCAUCGUCUGUUUGUCAACUAUCUGAAAGAAAGAAGAAAAAGAACGAUUAAAAAUUCAAAGAAUGAGCGAGUCGCUGAACCUGGAUUCGCUCAACCUGGGUUUUUAGGACAACACGUGUGAGAUUCCAAUAUUCGAUUGUAAACUACCUUAAAAGGACUCAACCUGUGUUUUUAUGACACCAUGAGAAGACGUAGCCUAAAAAACCCUAGAAACACCGUAUAAAUACUAUCGUUUUUCCCAAACCCUAGAAUCAAAAUAAGUUAAAGGAGAGAGCAAAAGAAGCUAAAGGAGAGAACAAAAGAAAGAGCUUCUUCGAGUUAUUUCAAAGGAGUUUAAGCUACUUAAGACACGAAAUAUUAUUUCAGGAGGAAUGGCUGCUAUGUUCAAUCAAAUGAUUGUUCUCUAUGGUAUUGCUUCUCUCUGCUUUGUUGCUUUUAUGUUGCCCACUGUGCUCUGUGGAGUUGACUCACAAACAACACCAAUAAACUACAAGCCUAUUGCGAACUACAUCCAACCAUGCAGUGAGAAAAACCAAGAGAAUUGUGUCACUCAUAGCCCACCAAUCAAUAUACACAAAAGACCAUGUAACCCUUCAGACCGCUGCCGUGGUGGAGGGAGCCAAGCAGGAAAAACUGAGAGUAAAGCUCAAGUUUCAGCUGCCACAGAACAGUUUGGAGUUGACGAUCAUACUCUGCUUGACUUGGUUUUUGCAAUGGCUGUUGGCUGGGUGCUCUUUCUCUUUUGGUGACUUGUCUGUUUUUGGUAUGAAAUUCUUGGCUAUGUUGUUUAUUUCAAGAUUACUAGACUAUGUUGUUUAUUUCAAACGGUAACUUUUCAUGGUCGUGUUGAGUUUCUUGCUCAGAUAUUUGAUGGAGAUAUUUUGUUUGUAUAGUACGGUUAUAUUUUUCUAGCGCUUGGGUUGUUUAUUGAACCAAUUGGAGAAUAGAAUACAUUUGUGUUUUGAGUGUGCAAAAGUUCAGUAUUAAUUUUCAGGAUUGUCCAAUUUCCUUCAUGAUCUUACUUUUUAUCAACCUUCCUAUACCCUACUUUUCAUUGUUCUCCUUGGUUAAGAAUGCUUCUUAGGUCACAUAGUUCCUGACUUCUAUCUGAGCACUUUGUAAAUAAACACAUUUAUCUGCUUUGUGGUUUCUCAAAACAUUAGAUUCAUUCUAGCGCAGAGCACACAGAUUCGAAAACAUGGGGCCUUCUUUCCUAUUCCACCUAUUGCUCAAACAAUGCUCCCCUAUAAUUUUCAGUCCUUAACAAAUCGGUUGUUAGCCAAAAAAGACACAAUCAGGUAAAUCAUCAGGAAUGUGAAAUUCGAUGCUGAUUUGAGCCUGAGCUAAUC